AAAGCCCUGGCGGAGCUGAAGUACCAGUACACCGUCGGUGAGCUGAAGCACCAGGAGCACCUGAGGCAGACCCGGCUAGAGGAAGAACGGGCUCAGCAGGGGAGGCUGGAGGAGCACAAGAUGGCGUUCGUCGAAAACCUGAACGGUUCCUUCCUGUUCGAUAGCAUGUAUGCCGAAGACGUGGAGGGCAGCAAGCUGUCCUAUCUGCCCAUCGUGGGCGAGCUCCUCGAAGUCUACAAGGACAAAUUUGUCAUCAUCUGCCUGAAUAUUUUUGAGUAUGGCCUGAAACAGUAUGACAAACGGAAACUGGAGCUGGAUACCUUCAAUGAGUGUGUGCGGGAGGCCAUCCAGGAGAACCAGGAGCAGGGCAAACUGAGGAUCACCAGGUUUGAAGAGAAACACCUGCUGAAUCUAAGUGCCAUUCGAGAAGAGAGUGAACUGCUGAACAUCGAGAAGAAGAUAGUGGAGUGCAGUGAGGACAUCACGGAGCUGUUCAACGUGCUCAUGACGCUGGAGAUGCAGCUGGUAGAACAGCUGGAGGAGACCAUAAACGUGUUUGAAAGGAACAUCACCGACAUGGUGGGAUUAUUUAUCGAAAACGUCCAGAGCCUGAUGGCUCAGUGUCGAGACCUGGAGAACCACCACCACGAGAAACUCCUGGAGAUCGCCGUCAGCACCCUGGAGAAGAUCGUCAAAGGCGAGCUAGACGAGGAGCUGCCCGACGACGUGCGUGCG